GUAGCGGCGCGGAGCCCAGCAGGGUACAGUCUCUGUCACGAGCGCCUCGAUAGUCAAUAUGAUCCAUCUAUCCCGCAUCGAUCCGGGCCGGACUGUGUGAUUUUUUUUCUUCUUCUUUGCGCGUGAUCGGGGAUCAGUCCCACGCUGGACUCUUGAUCGAGCCGACAGGAGCGCUCGCCGCAUCCUCGCUGCCCUCGAGCGCCCACUUCUUCCAUGAGGAGCUGAAGCCUUGACAAUCACACCGCUAUGAGGCGAAUCACCGGCAAGACCAAGGAUGAAACUUUGAUCGAGCUGCAGAACGCCACCGACUCACAGAUCACAGAUGGACCUGCUGUGUUGACGGCAUACAGGAUAAACCUGCGGUCAGAUGACAGCAGUGGAAAUGGUGUCAAUUUAUCAUCAGAAAGGGUUCCACUGCCCGGAAACUCAGAGACCGACAAGCUGCACACGAACAGAGACACUGUGUUCUUCAGGGACGGCGUUCGCAGAAUAGACUUUGUGUUGUCCUACGUGGACGAUAAAGAUGGCGAAAAGAAACAGGAAAGGAGGAGGGAGUUUGAGGCCAACCUUGAGAAAGCAGGACUGGAGCUGGAGACUGAGGACAAAUCGGACUCUAAAGACCAAAAGACGUAUUUCCUGAAGAUCCAUGCUCCGUGGGACGUCCUGGCCACCUACGCAGACGUGCUGAAGGUUAAAGUUCCCUUCAAGGAGAGUGACGUCCCUCACGGACAGGACGUCCCGUUGGAGUGGCUGUCGCACCCUUUCCGCCUGCCGGAUCACGUCAUGCACCCGCAGCCCGAUUACUUCACCUACCCCUUCGAUAAGAACAAGAUGGACUUCUUCCUCAUCAACGACAAAGACACCUUCUUCCCCCCGUCCACCAGAAACAGAAUCGUGUUCUACAUCUUGGCUCGCUGUCCGUACUUCAAAGAGGGUCGGAAAGAUAAAGACAAGACGGGAAUCAAGCGAUUACUCAGCAACGGGACGUACACAGCCGCCUUCCCGCUGCAUGAUUGUCGAUAUUGGAAAAGGGCAAGAAAUGCCGAGUGUGAGAGCGAACGCUUCAAUCUGUACAAGCACUGGGCCAGAUUCCUCUGCUUUUACAAAGAACAGCCGCUGAACCUCAUCAGGAAGUACUAUGGGGAGAAAAUUGGGAUCUACUUUGCCUGGCUGGGCUUCUACACGGAGAUGCUGUUCUUCGCAGCCGUCAUGGGUUUUAUAUGUUUCACCUACGGGCUGCUCAGUUACGAUGUCAACAUGUCCAGCAAAGAAAUCUGUGAUGCCGAUAUAGGGGGCAGUAUUCUGAUGUGUCCCCUCUGUGAUAAAAAGUGUCCUUUCUGGAAGCUCAACUCCACUUGUCUUUCAUCCUGGCAAUCCCAUCUGUUUGAUAAUGAGGGGACGGUGUUCUUUGCCAUAUUUAUGGGGAUUUGGGUGACUCUGUUUUUGGAGUUCUGGAAGCGGCGCCAGGCCCGGCUGGAGUACGAGUGGGACUUGGUGGACUUCGAGGAGGAACAGCAGCAGCUUCAAAUCCGGCCCGAGUUUGAGAUCAGAUGCACGAACAGGAGGCUAAACAGAAUUACACAGGAAAUGGAGCCAUAUCUCCCCGUCACCAGCAAGUGUGCUCGCUUCUGCCUCUCUGGAGCCACUGUGAUAUUCUGGAUCUCUCUGAUCGUGGCCUGUAUCAUCGGGGUCAUAGCAUACAGGCUAGCCGUGUACGCAGCCUUUGCAAGUAUCAUCAAAGAUCCCAUGAGGAAGAUCCAGUUGGUGGGCAGGUUCAUCACUCCGCAGCUGGCGACCUCCGUCACCGCAUCCUGCAUCAACUUCGUCAUCAUCAUGAUCCUCAACUUCUUCUACGAGCGAGUGGCCAUCUGGAUCACAGAUAUGGAAAUCCCAAAAACUCAUCUGGAAUAUGAGAACAGGCUGACCAUGAAGAUGUUCCUCUUCCAGUUUGUCAACUAUUACUCCUCCUGCUUCUAUGUGGCCUUCUUCAAGGGGAAGUUUGUGGGUUAUCCUGGAAAAUACUCCUACAUGUUCGGAAACAGCACCAAGCUAAGAAAUGAGGAGUGUGACCCUGGAGGCUGUCUGAUAGAGCUGACCACACAGCUGGUGAUCGUCAUGGCCGGGAAGCAGCUGUGGGGAAACAUUCAGGAGGCUCUGCUGCCGUUGAUUCGGAACUGGUGGAGCAGCAGAAAGGGCCGACACAACCCCGAGAACCAUUACAGCCGCUGGGAGCAGGACCACGUCCUGCAGAACUUCAGCCAGCUGGGCCUGUUCUACGAGUACCUGGAGAUGGUCGUCCAGUUUGGCUUCAUCACUCUGUUUGUGGCCUCUUUCCCCCUGGCUCCCCUCCUGGCCCUUUUCAACAACAUCCUGGAGAUCAGGGUGGACGCCUGGAAGUUCACCACCCAGUUCAGACGGCCGGUGGCGUCCAAGGCCCGAAACAUUGGAGCGUGGCAGGAAAUCCUCAACGCAGUGGCCAUUCUCUCGGUCGUCACAAAUGCGUUCAUCAUGGCGUUCACCUCGGACAUGAUCCCCCGCAUGGUGUACCUGUACGCCUACAGCAAAGAGGCCAGUAUGAGGGGCUACAUCAACAACAGUCUGUCCAUUUAUAACAUCUCACAGAUACCAAAGGAAAACAUGCCAGAGGACGACUGGUUCGACAACUCCACCACCACCUGCAGGUACCGGGACUAUCGUUACCCUCCCGGUCACCAGAAGGAAUACACUCACACCAUGCAGUUCUGGCACAUUCUGGCAGCAAAAAUGGCCUUCAUUAUCAUAAUGGAGCAUGUGGUGUUUGUGGUGAAAUUCUUCGUGGCCUGGAUGAUCCCAGACGUCCCCUCAGACGUGAAGGCUCGGUUCAAACGGGAACGCUACCUGAUCCAGGAGUACCUGCAUAACUACGAGGUGGAGAGGCUGAAACUCCAGCUGAGCGCCAGCUUCAUCACGGAGCCACAGUCCGAAAUGUCCUUGAUGACGCCGGACAAGCACGAAGUGUUGUCUGAGUGCCUGUAGCCCCUGCAUCACACCUCCAGUGGAACUCCAAAUGCAAGGGCUUCUCUCUUUGACAUGAAAAUGCUACUUUUUGAACGGAUGUUAACACUUGCCAAGAUGUACUCCUAUAUUAGGAUCCAUAAAAAGGCAAUCCAUGUAAUGUUGCAGUUAGUUAUCGCUCUACUAAAGCAGCUUCUUAAAUAGAUUAAACCUUUCUGUGCCAUAACGUAACAGCAGCAAAAAGCAUAAAGACUGUUGCUGCUGCUUAAACUCUUCUCUGUCAUCGAACUUUUGCCGUUAUCAUGAACAAUAACUGCUGCCUGUGCUGAUGUAGGAAACGCUUGUGUUGUGAAGCCUGUGAUGUUUUGUGUAAUUCGCCCGGAAAUGAUUCAGUCAUUUGAUUUCCGGCAUGUUAUCUUUCUACUGCGAUGUGAAGACGAAAGGCGAUUUAAAUGUGUGGAUGUGCAUCUGCUGGAAAAAUAUGGCUGGAAAUGUAUAUAAUUUAACGUUGAAUGUAUAAAAAAAAAAAGAAGUUCAACUUAUAAAAGGAGAUUUAGUAAGUAAGGCUUUUUUUUUUUUUUUUUUUAAACAGGCCACUCCAAGUUAAAUUAAAAUAGCUUCAAAAGAGUAGCUACUUAAAGUUUGGCUUCACGGCUAUUAGACUCAACAGUUCUGUUACUUGAGUAACUUUGUUGAAGGAGAGUCUGUUAAAAACUGUGCAUUCAAAAAACCCAAGUACCUCCAUCAUACUGCAGUGAUACUGUAACAAUCAGAAAUGUGGCGAUGCUGCGUUCACCCCGCCCAGAGUCUGGGACUGCGACGGAAACACGGCCAGACAGCAGCUGGCAGCUCAAGUCUCAUCCUCCACAUACUAGACCACCUUGCUGCGGUACCAAUUAUCAGAGUUGCAUAAGAAGAAAAGACUGUGUGAAGAAAACGUUGGCAGAUCUGGAGACGGAUACAAUCAGUUUGUGCAGAAGAGCUUUGGUUCUGUCAGCUUUACUCCUCCAUGUGUAUGCAAUAAAUGGCCUUUGCUAUUUUCCUAGUUUCAGAUUGUCAUCAUCUCUAAGCAGCAGAGAUAAACUGAGUUCAGAGACACAUAGAAAGACUUUUUCUACUCUGGUUGGAUGCAUUUCAUGAGAUAUUUCAGUGUAAAGAGAAAGAUUUUAAUUAGUUUAAACUGCAGCUUUUCAAGUGUUGCUAUAGAUAAAAAUAAUCUUAUUUAAAUGGUUUUUAAUUUAUUGAUCUGUUUUUGCUCUGCACCCUGAAUACUUUGUAUGUUGUCAAAAACACAUUUCAAGCUUUUUUCUGUUUUUUUGCAAAACUAUCUUUAGUUUGAACUCGUUAAAGGUCAUCGAACAGUGUUAUUUCAGACAGCUUGUCAAAUCCAUUUACUGAUUCAACUGAUUGCUUCCUGAAGGGACCACAGAGAUGAAAGAAAAUCUUUAUUCAGUUUCUGUAGAAAGGUCCGCUUGUACUUAUGUCCAGUGUUUUCGUCAUGCAUCUCUUAUAUUUUAUCUGUGAAAAGCCCAUUUUAGAUUUCCGUGUCUUUGUUGAAUCUUGUGAUUCUUGAUUUCAAUGCGAAUGACGCAGUUAUCAGCUGGACAGGACUGUGAGCCGAAACCGAAGUCUGACUCAUCUUGAUCUCAGGAUUUAACAUCUCCAAAUGUCUGUCCUGGGUGUGUGUAAAGAGCUUGCCACAAUCAGGUUUUACGCAUUCUGUGACCCUGCCAGGUGCACGAUAUAUUGACCAACAGACAAAUGCCUUAAACAUAUGUGUGUGUCUUUGUAUUUGUAUGAGUUUUGUAAUGACAAACUUUCCUAUCUUGGAUCUCAGACCUGUUUCAUAUCAGUUGUUGUUGCUGCUGCUCGCUCUUUGCAAGGUAGACGUUUAAUGCAUGAACUGUUGGUAUGUGAAGGUUUAUGUCAGUUAACCACUGAGUUCAUUGUAGCCAAUUAAAUUUGAACUUGGUGAAACUUAACACUGAAAA